UUUUGAGAAAAAAAGAACUACUCCUUUUACCAGGCUGGCUACGGGCUUGUGGAGCCAAUCCACCUUCUCUUUUAAUGUCCAAACGUCAAACUUGUAAACUCUGGGUCAGUUCAAUCAACCAGUCAGCACACAUUAUUUGACAUUUCUUCCAAGAUUGCAACAAAUCCUGUUUCCAACAGGUGUAGUGUGGAACAUAAAAACAAUCCUCAGUUGAUACUUUUGGUUUGGUAUUUUACAUUCCCGUAUUCUUUUUUAGCUUUUGACAUGAUGGUACACAUAAGCAAAUUUACAUAAAAUUUUUUAAAUAUAUAUAUAUUAAGUAAUAUUGUUUGUAAUUUUAGUUUUUACUAAACAUUUUCAAAAUAAGUUAAAUCUUUAAUCAUGUCUCCACAACAGAUUUGUACCAUACCAGAACUUUUUGUGUCAGUAAAACUCCCUUAAAAACCAGUAUCCUAUUGUUUGCUGUGUUUCCAUAAGAACACAUCCUGUGCAGUGAAGUAACAUGCGUAUCCAUCUGGUAAAGGUGCAGCAAACUAUUGUAGAUGCUUUAACCCCUGGUCAAACACAGCCUAGUCAUAGCACUUUGACGCAAGCAGAAUUCUCAGUAUAGUGCGUGCAGGUCAAACAAUCCAUGUUGUUUCUUGUGGAAUAACAAUGAAAAAGGAUGAAGUGAAACAAAAAGAUUAAGGUGAUUCAUCACACGUUACUAACUUUAGGUCCCAUAAAGCCACGCCUUCAUCCACAUUUGAUGGACAACUGAAGGUCUGCCCCUGAAUAAAAGCUGUGCAAAUAAAAUAUUUUACUUCAUUUGCUUCCAGAUCACUCGACACAAGAUAGUCUAUUAUUGACGCUGCUCAAUCUGAGGAAUAACUUCAUCAUUCAGUGAAUGAAAUUCAGUUUCUUCAGGAUGAAGGUCAUUGGAUUGCAUUACACUGGAGCAGCAUUGUGCUUUCUGCUUUUUUCUGCAACAGGUGCCCAGAACCUGAGCAUCUUGAACAUCAUCCAGGGGCUUCAGUCAGAAGCUCAGGUUUACCCCACACCGCUCUACUCCUUUUCCCUUUGCAUGGAGAUCAACAACCGCAUCUUCAAUGACUCGCUCCUCAACACGGCCUCACUGUACUACAAGAACAUGUACACAGAAGUGACUAAUGUUUUGGACAUGGCUUUCAACUGCCCCACCUGUUCUACAAAAGACAGCUACAGAGGAGUGAAUAGUAUGCAUUUCAGUAAGGGGUCUGUGAUUGCAAAUUGUACCAUCCAGUUCCAGACAAUUUUUAUAAAUAAUGUUGUCAUCAAGCAUUUGUUCCUGAACGCCAUAGAAAAUAAGACUCUACCAAAUGGUAUGAUCAUCAACGGACAAUACACCAAUGAAACUGUCACACCUAAAUGGCUAUUUCAACCAUCCACAACUACUUCGGGUUCAGCAAGUUUCUACUCAGGAAGUGGCACUUUUUGGCUUCCUGGUUGGGCCAUUGCAUUGCUAGUGUUAGCAUGCAUCUGCAUAGUGCUUCUCAUCAUCAUCUUAGUUCUGAUAUGCUGUUGUUGGUGUUGUAGGAGAAAAGAGAAAAAGGAAGAAACACCAACACCAACAACUGUAACACCUUAUGAGAGAACAUCAUUCAAAGAGCAUCUUGCUAAUCCCACAUACAUGUCACACACACCUGAGAGGAACCCAAACUACCCGACUUUUGGAGAACCAGGCAUUCAACAUGGCAACCAAAAUGGGAUCUACAUGAUGAACCCACAGAGAUGAUAGGAGAGAGCCAUGGUGAAGCAGAUGCUGUACAGGUUCAAGAUUGUAAAGCAGUUUUUCUGACAGAAGAUGCUGGUCUCUUCUAAAGGAUUAUAAAUGUGGACUUGUCAUCAUUACCAUGUGUUAUAUAAGUAUUAUACUCAACAGUGGAUGGAAACGUAUUUAUUUCUCUACUAUUUAAGAUUUGCAGAUAGUGGGAUUUGGGUCUGUAAAAUUUCGAUUUUCUUUUUCAGCUUAACAGAAGUCAGACUAGGGAUAGUUGAUAUGCUUUAUUUUAAAAACAUUUCUCAUGAGAGGUUUAUUUUUUGUUUUGUUUUUUUAAACAAGGCCUCUGAAAUUAAAAAGAAGAAUAUAUUGCAUAACACAUCUGUAUGUGCUACAAAUGGAGUCAGUCACAUUUCAGUAAGAUUUCAAAUUAAAUGAUUUAUGAAGCAGUAAUGGCAUUAAAAUUGAUUAAACAUUAAACUGAGCUAUAACCUAAGCCUAUUUUAGCCAUCAAGAACUGCUAUCAAAAAUAGAUAUAGAUCAAUUAAACUUCAUGCAAAAGAGAUGCGACAGUCACAUUAAUCUGUUACAACUUCCACUGGUCUCAUAUAGGCUCAAAAUAAAAGGCAGGGCUCUCUUAAAUGUGUAUGUUCUGAUACUAUGAUACAGUAUGGGGGUCGCCAAAAAACCCUCCUACAAAUUGCAAGGUUAUCAAUUCAUCUUUUCACUUAAAUAAUUCAUAUUCAUUAUGGUCAUAUACACUCAUUUACACUUUCCCUAGGAAGAACUGUUGAAAUAUUGAAUGCAAGAUACUGUAUAAAUCUUUAGCGAAACCACAUAUUACCAAGUACAUUAUAAAGAAAUAAACAACACACAAUGCAUAAUGAA